AUGCUGUUCAAGGUGUAUCUUACUUGGGUUCUCGCCACGUUAUCGCAUGCGAAUAAUCAUUUUUAUAAAGGACAUGAACUGAUACGUGUUCUGCCGAAAACAAACGAACAUCUGCGAUUAAUUCAUCAUUUCGAAGACAAUUAUGGGGUCGAUCGAUGGUCGGAAGUUCUUCAAGUGAAUCGAGAUAUCAAAAUGAGUUUACCACGAAAACAACUGCCAAAGAUCAGAAAACUAUGCAAACAAUACGGAAUUGAUAUGAAAAUUCUCAACAAUAAUUUAGAAAAAUUGAUUCAAUCAUCAGACGAUAUUUCCAAACAACAUAAAACUCGUACACGUCGAGCGAUCAAACAUUUCACUCCACCACAUUUAGUUGAUUAUUUAAGAUACGAUCAAAUUGUUCAAUUUCUUAAUCAACAACAUCGACGAUCACCGACAUACAGAAACUUUACAUCAUUAUUUUCGAUUGGUACGACACAUGAAAAUCGAUCGAUUUGGACCAUACGAAUUGGAAAACCAACAGCUCGAAGAAAUAUUUUGAUGGACUGUGGAAUUCAUGCGAGAGAAUUCAUCUCGCCUUCUACUUGUCUUUACAUGAUAGAUAAAUUAAUUGAAGAAGUUAAUAAUGGACGACCAUCACUUCUAUCAGUAUUUAAUAUUUAUAUCAUUCCAUUACUGAAUCCUGAUGGUUAUGAAUAUGCACAAACGGAAAGACGAAUGUGGCGGAAAAAUCGUUCGCCCAACGGUAUUCAUUACCGAUCGAAUUGUAUGGGAGUUGAUUUGAAUCGAAAUUUCGGGUAUCAUUGGAUGGAAAAUGGUGCAUCGAUGAAUCCAUGUUCUGAAACGUAUGCGGGACCACAUCAAGACAGUGAACCAGAAACGCGGAGUUUACAAAGAUUUAUCAAUCAAUCCCCUCGAUCAUGGGACGCUUAUCUAACCUUUCAUUCCUAUGGUCAAUAUUGGAUUUAUCCAUGGGGAUUCGCUCUACAUAUGCCGGAUGAUUAUCGUGAACUAAAUAACAAAGCAGUGAUUGGCUCAGAAGCAUUGAAACGUGUCAACGGAACGUUGUACAAAAUUGGUUCAGCGGCGAAUUUACUCUAUGAAUCAGCUGGAGGAAGCGAUGACUGGGCGAAAGGUGUGGGUCAAAUCAAAUAUGUCUAUACAGUCGAGUUACGUCCUUCAGAUGACAUGAAUGACGCACAUGCUCAUUUUGCUUUUAUGCUACCGACAACAUUUAUUGAACCAGUAGGACAGGAAACGUACGCUGGUGUGAAAGAAUUCCUUCGAUCGUUGAUUAUUCCACGAAAAUCGAAAUUGUUGGUGAAAAAUCAAAAAACUAUGUGA